AAGUUAAUUGCAGGAACGGUAAAGCCUGGCAGUGCAAGGGGAAAACAAACAAAAUUGAAUUAACAGUUUUAUUUCUGGUCAAUAGAGAAAGUCUAGGAGUGCUACUAGAUAGGAUCUGUCAAAACCAGAAUGGCCGACUUGUGUUCAGCUGUUGGAGAAAACGACAUCGACAAAGUAGCAGAUUUAUUAGAAGCUGGUGCAGACGUCAACGCAACGAAUGAACAGGGAAGACCACUUCUGCUUCUUGCAACUCAUAAAAAAUACGAGGAAAUGGCGGUAUUUCUUUUGAACAAAGGAGCACUUGUGAAUUCAACUGACGCAGCUAGUGAAACAGCUCUGCACCUUGCUUCAGCAGCAGGCCUGGAUAAACUUGUGCGGACGCUGCUAAAACAGGGAGCAGAUGCAACGAAACAAAACAUGUUUCAAGUUGCUCCAAUUCACUAUGCGGCUAAAGAAAACCACCCACUUACUGUUACACGCCUUUCUGCCUAUCUUGAAACUGUUGACAUAAGUGAUGCUAAUGGAAGAACCCCCCUAUGGUACGCAGCAAAUAAUGGUCAUGUCAAAUGCGUCAACAUCCUCAUCAUUCUAGGAGGAGACCCUACUAGAAGAAGUCAGGAAGGAAUGUCACCUAUCGAUGCUGCCAAAGAAAAUCGUCAUUCAGAAGUAGCCAGAAUGAUGGAAGAUACGAUGAAAUCAGGAAUUCUUCAGUACACAACUGGCACUUUCAUUUCUGGCACUCGCUUUAACCGAACGGAGAACAGAGUAGUAAUCACCUCUGCAGAAUCGCAAGAUCCGGCUGUUGAAGGCAAAGCGAAGGAGCAGAAAAAGGAAAUAUUUUCUUAUUCAUCAAAAGACAGCAAAUCACCAGGACUGCCGAGGUGUCGAUCUCUAACCGUGGCCAGUGCACAAACAACCGGUAAAGAAGAAAGUAAUGAAACAGCCAAGAUGAAACUCCUACUUAAUAUUGAAAGGCAGCAAAAUGAAGGAAUGAAGCAAGUGCUGCAGUCUUUAAACAAAAGCAUUCAACAGCAGAAAAAACUGCUUGAUGCAGCCGAAGAAGCUGAAGAAGAACGAAGAGCGAAAGAUGAACAAAGCAAAGAGAUUCUGAGGAUUCCUUCAGGCAACAUAAAGUUUGUAGAGGAAGACAAGCUAGGACAAGGUUCAUUUGGAGAAGUUGUUGUCGCUGAAUGGCAAGGCUCUACAGUUGCUGUCAAAAAGGUCUAUGAUUUUCUAACUCAAGAUCAAGAAAACAUAAAACGUCAGGUCGAUUUCUUUCUACAAGAGGUUUCUGUUGCUUGGAAAAUACAUCAUCCCAACAUUGUUCCAGUCUAUGGAUUCUGCUUGGAAACAAACGGCAAAACUACAUUAGCGUGGCUAGUUAUGGAACUCCUUCAAUGUUCCUUGGGUGAUGUGCUUAAAAUUAAUUACUCUCAACUAACUCUGCGAGAAAAGGUCGACAUUGGAAGGGAUUGUUUAUGUGCACUAAACUAUCUACAUUCUCUAAUGAAGCCUAACGUUAUUCUUCAUGGUGACCUUCGUCCUACUAACAUUCUGAUUGCCAUUAAUAUGACAGCAAAGCUUGGAGACCUGGGAGCAGCUCGACUUGAAGAUGCCCAAUUAUCAGUUGGACUAAUGAGUCCUCAACACACAGCUCCAGAGAGAAUGCGGGAAGACGGGAGUACAGCACACAAAACCACAAUGACAGAUAUCUACAGUAUGGGAGUCACUCUGUGCGAGCUAUUUACUGGGGUGUCGGCAAACAGGGAAUAUCGAAAAGAUCAUGUUCAGAAGAUUAAGGAACGAAAUAUCCGCUCUCAGUGCAUUGACAUGGUCAAAGACAAUCCUAAAGAACGACCUACGGCUGACAAAGUUCUCACCGCUCUCUUAGAAGUCGUUCAAACAAAAGACUACAAAAAAUGUGGGCCCCGUAAGAUGGUGAAGAUGGGGAAAGGCAAACCUGAUGAACCAAAGCGUCCCAUUUUGACUGAUUGCAAUUAGCAAUAUGUUACUGUUAUCAAAACUUUGUCAUUUAUGCUCUUAUCAAUUGCUAGACUUCACCAGUCAAAUCAACAUUUUUGCAAAGGAGCAAUGAGUAGCAACAAGAUAGUUUUGUAUUCUAUUUGUUUGAGUUAAAUGCUAAAAUCAUGGCCAUGCGUUAAUUAGCACGCUGGCAUGUCAUGUACCGUUUUCCUGAAGAAAAUUGAAGAUAUCAUU